GAAAAUCGUCACCAAUAUUUUCAUAAAGCAUGCUGGGAACAUUUUCUCUUCCUUUCCGGCUGGUACGCCAUCAUAUAAUCCAACAUGGGAGCGUACAAGUAUAUGCAGGAGUUAUGGCGCAAGAAGCAGUCCGAUGUGAUGCGCUUCCUUCUCCGCGUCCGUUGCUGGCAGUACCGUCAGCUGUCCGGUCUCCACCGUGCGCCCAGACCAACUAGACCAGAUAAGGCCCGCAGGCUGGGGUACAAGGCAAAACAAGGCUACGUCAUUUACCGUGUCCGUGUGCGCCGUGGAGGUCGUAAACGCCCCGUGCCAAAGGGUGCUACCUAUGGCAAGCCUGUGCAUCAUGGUGUCAACCAGAUCAAGUUUGCACGCAGUCUGCAGUCCACUGCUGAGGAGCGUGCUGGCCGUCACUGCGGAGGCUUAAGGGUCCUUGCCUCGUACUGGGUGGGUGAAGACUCGACCUACAAGUUCUUUGAGGUGAUCCUGGUAGACAUCUUCCACAAGGCCAUCAGGCGCAACCCUGAAACCCAAUGGAUCACCAAACCAGUGCACAAGCACAGGGAGAUGCGUGGCUUGACAUCUGCAGGCAAGAAGAGCAGAGGCUUGGGCAAGGGCCACAAGUUCCACCUGACCAUCGGUGGCUCCCGCCGUGCAGCCUGGAGGAGACGCAACACUCUGCAGCUGCACCGUUACCGCUAGGGAGCGUUCGAAAUGUCUGUACAUUCAAAAGAAUAAACAACCUUUUUAUGGUG